AUGUUUUCUGAUUACUUUGCCAGUCGAGGGCAGUCAGCAGCGGAGGAAACAGGUCGUGCCACAUCAACUGCGGUUGCGGGCGCCGAUGUCGGCGCGGGCGGGGCUGUGUUUGGCGGGGCGGCUCCCCCACAAACCCAUCCCUGUACACGCUGCGACGCGUGGAAUGCUCCUGCAAGUCUAGCACUACUACUACUACUAUUCCUGGUCUCCACUGUGCUCACCAUGUAUAAAGUACUGCGAUCAUAUUCGAAGAAGGCCGAACGCAAGCAAGAGGUCUCUCGUGCCACCGAUAGAAACGGCCAUGUGUCCAGCGGCAACUACUAUGAUGAGGGACAUCAUUACAAAGGCCAAAAUGGGCACGCUGCCAACGGACAACUACUUGCUGUGGAUAAUAGACAUCUGAACAAUGCUUAUGCUGGGCAAGCUUUUUCGGAGAGCAGCUCGUAUGAGACGCGAGAGCAUUUCGAACGGAAGGUGCAACGUGUAAAGAAGACCCGAGGAGAGCGUGAGCGCUCACGUAGCUCCCGCAGAGGCGAAGAGGUCUCCGAAUCCUUGCACGCCAGCGAUGCCUCUUCAGCUCGUGACGCUCUGCUUCAAUGGGCUCGAAAGGUUACCAGCGGUUACCCUCGGGUAAAUGUAACCAACUUUUCAUCGUCCUGGAAAGAUGGUCUUGCGUUCAAUGCCAUUCUACAUCGAUACCGGCCAAACCUUAUCGACUGGAACAAGGUUAGCGACAGUUCAGUGUCAAAUCGCGAACGACUGGAGAACGCAUUCGCUGCGGCAGAGCGAGAAUUCGGUGUCGAUCGGCUGCUCGAUGCCCAAGACGUCGAUACUGAUCAUCCUGAUGAAAAGUCGAUCAUCACCUAUGUCUCUUCGUUGUACAAUGCUCUACCACACCUCCCAGAACUAUCCAAGUUCAUCACAAUGCAAGAACAGUACAUAGUGGAAGCACGUGCAUGGAUGGAAUUGGUGGAGAGAGCGACUACACUGAUAGAUAAUGAGACGCUCUUCAUGCAGCAGUCAUCAUCACAGCGAAGCGAGUCUCUCAGUGAAUUUGAGAAAUAUCACAGUGAAAGUAUGGCGACUCGUGCUAGAGAAUAUGAUCGUUUAAUGGAAAGAUAUGAAGUUUUACGACGUCAUCUGUCUGGCACCGAUCACUUUUGUAUACCACGAAAUCUAACUGAACACGCACUAACAGAAGCUUGGUCGAACCUCACCUACCUGAAUGAUCACAAACUCGCUUCCCUUCAUCAAAAGAUCAUUCAGGUCAUUCCAUUACAGAGCAAUUUGUCAGACUUGAUUAGCAGAUUGUCCCGUGGAAUUGGAAUCACAAACGAAAAGCUCGAUUUGAUUCUCAAUCGUAUUGAGGAAGUCGAAUCACGUGUGGACACAGCUCGCCCUGGUGAGAUUGAGAGGACUGUAAAUGAGAUCGUCGACGAUCUUAAUGCCUUGGAGCCUCCUAUUGGAGGUUUCUUCGAUGAUGUCGAGGAACUCAAGUCACAAAACCACCCAGAAGCCAAUGAUUUCUAUCGACAAGUGUAUGGCCUUCAUCAACGUCGCACUGCCUAUCUGGAUCGCCUUACGAAUCAAUUACUAGUUCGUCUUGGAGUCCGCACCGAGACAUUGAGAAAAGAAAACGCAAGCCGUCUUGAAUCAAUUCGCACUUCCAGUUUCAAUCGUGUACAAGAAUGUAUCGAAUGGGUCCGCGUGAGACUGGAGAAACUAUCCGAAAUGGAGUUCCUCGAAGAUCUGGAAACCUUGGAAGAAAUGUUUGAGCAGCACAAAUUGGACAACAGAGACAUCCAAGACUUCCGUCAGAACGUUGACGAGUGUAUUGCUCGUCAGGCGGAAGUCUCCGCGGAAGAUACUUACGAGUAUUGUGAGCUACUUCGAGUGCUUGAAUCCGAAUAUCAGCAGCUGAGAGACCUGUCUGCGGGAAGGAUGCUAGAUUUGGAUUCACUGAUCGCAUUCGUACGAGCUGCUCAGAUGGAGCUUGUGUGGGUAUCCGAACGUGAGGAGAUCGAAGUCACCCGCAACUGGUCAGACGUAAAGCAGCUCGAUCUCCCGAUGCUGACGAAUUACUACAAACAGCUACUUCAUGAGAUGGAAUUACGCGAGAAGCAGUACAACGACGUGCACAAUCAAGGAGCUGCCCUGUUGAAUCAAGGUCAUCCUGCCGUACAUGUUAUCGAAGUCUAUCUCAGGACUAUGCAGAACCAAUGGGAUUGGCUUCUGGCGCUGAGCAAGUGUCUGGAAGAACAUCUCCGUGAUGCACUCAAUUUGAAAUCUUUCACCGAGGAAGCAGCCGAUGCGGAGGCAUGGAUGGAAGAACAGGCUAUUCGUCUCGAAAACAACUACAACCGCACUGAUUUUGAUCUUGAAGAGGGCGAACGUCUUUUACGAGAGCUGGAUGAAAUGAAGGAAAUUCUAAACAAGUACCACUCGGUGUUGAUGGCGCUGACCGAACGCUGCGCUACAAUUUCCCCGCUGUGGCAGAGAGGAGAGCGCAUCAGCCGCCCGAUAGCCGUCACCGCGCUCUGUGAUUACUCGGACAAAAACGUUCACAUCAAAGCCGGAGAUGAAGUGGUUUUAUUGGACAACUCGGACUUGAUCAAAUGGCACAUUCGCGAUCUUGCUGGAUCAGAGGGUACUGUGCCUUCGGUUGUGUUCCGCAUUCCUCCACCAGAUCCCAAGCUGACCGGUUACCUGAAUCGUCUCCUACAGCAAUUCGAGAAACUGAAAAAGUUAUGGGAAAAGAAACAUCGCAUGGUUCGCUUCAACAUGGUGCUCAAUACCAUGAAAACAAUUCAGGGAUGGGACCUCGACACAUUCAAUGCCAUAGAUCCCGAACAACGCGACGCAAUUAUGCGUGCACUGAAUGAUGAUGCCAACAAGCUGCUGGCUGAGAUGGAUCCGAACGAUCCGCUAGCCCUCCGCCUGAAGGAGGAACUCAGACGCACCAAUGAACAUUUCUGGGACUUACUGAAUGCAAGUCAAAAACCACCAGAGCCUGACCACUCGAAUCUUUUUGAUGGGCAAAUCGGAGACCUCCUACGAAAACUUGAAGAGGCUUGGAGAAAACUUAAUGAUAACACAGGAAAGCCCAUAUCGCGUUCCCCUGAAGAACUUGAAAACGUCAUUAUGAACCACAAAUCAUUUGAAGAUGCUCUACAGGGUUUGGACGCGGAUGUUGCUAAUGUGAAGGAGCUCUUCCGACAGCUACCAAAUCCUACCCCUACCCAAAGAGUCAACAACGAUCGACUCAGUACCCUCUGGGAGGAUCUCUGGGACUUGUCUCGUAUGUAUGUGGAAAGGAUCAAGGUUUUGGAAUCGGUCCUGAAUGGCAUUCUUGAAGUGUCCGACAUUGUCAAGGCUCACGAGAUCACCCUGAAUUCGUUCGAUGACCUUCCGGCAGCCCUCGAUAAACUUCGUGGACACCACUCGCAAUUGCUUGAAAUGAACAUGGUCCUGCAGCAGCAGCAGUCCGUGAUAGACUCCUUGAACAAGAACGUAGCUCUGUUACGACAACACGUUGCUCGCACUCGUAUUGGCCAGAGCAGUCAUCCUGAUGUCGACAGACUUGAAGACGAAGUUCAGCAGCUUAAUGUCCGAUGGGAAAAUGUCUGUGCUCAAGUUGCAGACCGUCUCAAAGCAGCGGAACGAGCCCUGCAAACCCAGAUGGUCUAUAGAAGCGAAUACGAGAACGAGAUGGCGUGGCUUGAUCGUGUCGAGGAGACGAUUAAUAAGCUCCGAAAGCCGGAGGAUUUGCGUCCGGAGCAGUACCAGCAGCAGUUGGAUAUCCUGGUUGCUGAGUAUGCACAAUUACAAGAACGAACUGAAGCCAUAGAGAACGUGAAUAGAGAAGGGGGCAAAUUCAUCCGUGAGGCAAAGGGAUACGAUAGCCGUAUGGGUCAAUUCCAUGAUAGCAUCGUUGGAAUACACGGACCGGCCAUAAAACAAGAGUUCCGUCGGACCAAGCCCCAACCAAAGAACGGUGCUCAAAUUGUCACCGAGGAACUGGAGGCACUGAACAGACGAUUCGCUCAAUUGAGCAGCCUAAUUCUCGAAAGACGUAACACAAUGCAAGUUUUGAUCCAGAACUGGAAACGUCAAAAGCAGGAAGAGGAAGAAAUGAGGAAAGCAGACGAGGAAGCCAAACGUCGUGCGUUUGAGGCUGCUCGUUUGAAAGCUUUGGAGGAUGCUGACCGGCUUAGAAAGGAGAGAGAAGCUGCCGAAGCAGCUCGACGUGCUGCCGAGGAAGCUGAGCGCGCCAGGCGAAUGGCGGCGGAACUUGAAAGAGCCAGAUUAGCCGCUGAGGAGGCUCGAAGGCGUGAGGAAGAGGAGAGGAAAAGGAAAGAGGAUGAGGAAAGGCGCCGACGAGAGGAUGAGGAAAGGCGCCGACGAGAGGACGAGGAUAGGCGCAGGCGAGAGCGCGAGAGAGAGGACGAGGAGAGACGUAGGCGGGAGCGUGAGAAGGAAGACGAGGAUAGACGUCGUCGAGAGGAAGAGGAAAGACGCCGUCGAGAGGAAGACGAAAGACGUAGACGACAACGCGAGAAGGAUGACGAAGAUCGACGUCGCCGGGAGGAAGAGGAACGUCGAAGGCGCGAGCAAGAGGAGGAGGAAAAGCGGCGUAAAAAGAUGCCUCCACUCAACAUUGUGCAAGGUAGCCAGAUCCAUGAAGUGGUCGGCCAAGAAAAUCCAGAUGAGUUCGAGGUGAUUGGAGAUUUGCCGGGAGUGGCGAAAAUCACAGAACAUGAAGACGAAAUGCAAAUGUACCAAGAAGAAACGGUAACAAAAACUCAGUUCUACGAAAUGGAGGGGACUUUGCACAAGCAGACAGGGGAGAUCCUUACAUUCGUCGAAGCCGUUCGUCAAGGACUUCUCGAUCUUAGCGCCGGUGGAGGGCAGUUCUUCGAUAUUCAUUCUGGUCGCAUCAGUCUGGAAAAAGCUGUUGAAUUGGGCUACAUUGAUGGUGCUUUCAACGACGUGCUCAACACUCGUUACGGUAUUCGUCAUCCGGAAACCGGUGCCGAUUUGACUCUACUUGAAGCGAUUCAGAUUGGUUUAUACGAUCCUCAGACGCGGCACCUUUACGACAUCCACACUGGUGAAAUGCUUGACCUGUACGAUUGGGUAGCACAUAAGAUUGUUACAAUGGACACUCAAAGAAGGCUUGUGAAAAUGGGUAUUCUCAAGCUACCUCCUAUGGCUUUGCACAGUGCCAUCGAUCAAGGUGUUCUGAACACGGUUUCUGGUCACUUUGUCGGAAAGUACUCUCAUGAAUCCAUGCCUAUAAGAGAUGCACUGUAUCACGGAUAUUUACAACUUGUCUCACCACAACAGAUUCCGAUGAUCGCCAUCACUUUGAGCGACGCUAUCAAACAAGGUUUCAUUAACGCCAAUAACGGCGAGUUUGUUGACAAAAACACCAAGGAUACCUUUACUUUGAGAGAAGCCUGCUCGAAACAGUUCGGUCUUCUCAACCUCUACGUUCCUGAAAUCGUGAACACUGCUGAUAACACUCGUCUAAAUCUUAAAGAUGCCAUGCUUCGUAAUGCAAUCAACACCCGCAACGGCAACUUCACUGAUCUGCAGACUCGACGAACUUUGUCUCUUCGAGAAGCCUUCCAGGAGGAUUUAAUCUCGAAGCCAUAUUCGCUCACCGAAAUGUUCGAAAGAGAUCUAAUCGACUCGACCAAUCACUUCAUCGAUCGCGGGACGAAGCACAGACACACUAUUCUGGAAGCCAUCGCUGCUGGUCUUCUGGACGCUGAAGUGCGCCACAUUGUUGAUCCCGACGAGAAGGACGUGAUUUCCAUAGCGGAGGCGAUGGAGAGAGGAAUUCUUAGCGCUGAUGGAAAAAUUAUUCUCGAAAAACAACAGAAGGAGUUCACGAUUCCCGAAGCCGUUAGGGAAGGGCUCCUAAGUAAGCGAGUACGCCACAGCAUCUUCGAUGUAAGAGGCAUACAGAACACCCGCACUGGUCAGACAAUGAGCUUCAACGAGGCGUGCGAGGCAGGUGCUAUUAUACCUAAUGCUGAGCGCGUUGUCGAUCUUGCCACCCAAGAAAGCUACCUCAUUUCUGAUCAGAAAGCGACAACGAUCAUCGACCAAACACUGCAUGAGCUUUUCAUUAAGCCACUUGGAAUCAGAGGUGAUCGUGGUGACUACGACUUGAACCUUGUGCGAGCAGUGUCAAAGGGAAUUGUCGAUCACACCAAAGCUGUCUUUUUCAACAAGAGCACAAAACACGAAAUGACUCCCCGUGAAGCCUACGAUGCUGGUCUUGUCAGCCUCCGUGGAGCCAUCCAAGCUGCUGCCCUAUUUGACGUCUCCCCAUCACUCAUUGCUCCUGUAAAGAAGGUUGAGCACAAAAAGCGAGUUAGUCGCCCUGGUCAGCCUGGAAUUGAACUCGCUUCAGAUCAAGUGAAAGUUACCCUCGCGGAAGCAAUGAAGCAGGGACUCAUCGAUUCCCGCAAUCAGAGAUUCCGUCAAGGAGAUAUCGACAUGAGCCUUGAUGACGCUCUAAACCAAGGCCUUAUUGAUCCAUCUAGUGAAUGGAUUGUACCAUCGAAGAGUAAUGGCGUUGGACCCACCAUAGAGGAAAAGACAACCGAAAGCGUGACUGAAACUGGACAGCAGUUGGCACCAAAGUAUUAUCCUGACAAGAAUAUCGAAGAGUCGGUAACUACGGUUAAGCGUGUGCGCACCACGGAGACCACCGCUCUUGGUGGACCUGGUGGAGUGUCAGUUUACAGAGCAAUUACUGGCGGUAAAGGUGCAAUGGAGGUCCCCGGAAACGGAUACCACUUAUAUGAAGCUGAGCGCAAAGGAAUCAUAGAUCUUACCACAGGAAAUAUUACUUCACCAAAUGUAGAUCGUGCCAUAACUUUUGCCGACGGCAUUGAACUCGGUAUAAUUGACGCGUCUUCAAUUUCUGUGAAAGACCCCAAGUCCGGACGCAUGGUGAAUGUCAAAGAAGCUUUAGAGAAGAAGAUAAUGGAAGAAGACGGGUCAGUGACUCAUCAUGGUCGAAGUUUGAAUAUUGAAAAGGCGGUUGAAGCUGGUGUCAUUGUUAUCGAUGCUGAGCCGGUCGUUCCUGCAAGUGGUGUUCCGAAGAAUGUAAUCCACAUACCGUCUGGCGGAGGACCUGUGAUCAGUUUCCGCCCUGUCGGAGUCCCUGUUGUAGAGGAGUCCGAACAGUCGUGGUCAUUCGACUCCACAAAGGGCGUUCUUGUCGAUCAUAUGUCAGGAGAACGACUACCCCUUGAAAGAGCAUUACUGGCUGGAAAAAUCCAACCUGAAGAUCUCGCAGUCCGGGAUGCUCUCACUGGUCGUGAAAUGUCAUUUACUGAAGCGGAAAAAUGGGGUAUAAUAGACAAACGAGGAUACUAUCUUGACAAAAUUGACAAUAAGCGUUUGUCAUUUACUGAAGCCGCACAACAGCAUCGGAUUUAUCCCACAGGAGGCGUUCUAGACAACGCUGGGGAUGCGAUUCAUACCUCUGUGAAAGUGCAGACGAGAACGCAGGUCGCCAAAAAACAAGCUACCUCAACUGGCGCUCCCCAAGUGGACAACACCCUUGGCCGCGCUCUUAGUCUGGGCUGGUAUAAUGCCAAGGAUGGAAUGUUCACCCAUCCUGAUACUCACCGUCAAAUGACCCUCAAGGAGGCUAUUAUCAAGGGCUUGUUCAACCCCUAUGACACGUCAGUAGUUGAUAAGAAGAACAACAAGAAAAUCUCCCUUUUGGAAGCCAUACAAGAAGGAAUUGUCGAUGAUACCGCUGGAACCGUGCUGGACACUGUAACUCAGAAGAAGCACGAUUUGAAUUCCGCUUUAGAACUUGGAAUUCUGGAGGGCAAGAGUUUCGGCGAUUCUCUUGAGUCUGGACUGUUUUCUGGUCGCCUCGAUCUCGCUACGGGNAAGUGCAGACAAGAACGCAGUUUGGGCUGGUAUAAUGCCAAGGAUGGAAUGUUUACACAUCCUGAUACUCACCGUCAAAUGACUCUCAAGGAGGCCAUUAUCAAAGGCUUGUUCAACCCCUAUGACACGUCCGUAGUGGAUAAGAAAAACAACAAGAAAAUCUCACUUCUGGAAGCCAUACAAGAAGGAAUCGUCGAUGACACCGCUGGAACCGUGCUGGACACGGUAACACAGAAGAAGCACGAUUUGAAUUCCGCCUUAGAACUCGGAAUUCUGGAGGGCAAGAGUUUCGGCGAUUCUCUUGAGUCUGGACUGUUUUCUGGUCGCCUCGAUCUCGCUACGGGAAGUUAUACACAGCCUAGUGGUGCUUCACUACCUCUUCAUGAAGCUCUCAAAAAGAAUCUAGUAGACCAGAGCUCCAUAGUUGUACGGGAUCCUGCUAGUGGAACUGAGUACACCUAUCAUGAAGCUGUUUCUCGUCGUAUUGUUGAUCCAGAGCGAGGGCUAAUCCAUAACCAGCAAACUAAUGAGGCUACGAGUUUCCCUCAGGCUCUAACCACAGGACUGAUUGCUGGAGCUGGCUCUGCAACCCGACCAUCUCAUAGUGCUCAUAAAAUCGUCGAACAGAAGCUACAACUGACACCUUUUGCACCUCAACAGGUUGUUCAUCGCCGUAAUGGCGACGAUCGACAUGAGUACGUGGAUCUUGGAGGAGGAAAACAAGUAAUGGUAAAAGUGGUUCGAGGUGAAGGUGGCGUCGAAAAAGGUGAAUAUGUCGACCCUUCAACUGGAAUGAAAUUCACUAUCCAGAUGCACGGUGAUCCCUUCGUAACGGAGACAAAAACUACUGUGAAGAGUACUUCUCAGGUGCAGUCAGUAGAGCUUGAACCACACGCUGAGUUCGUCGGAAUUGACAGAAUCAGAGAUAAGCGAAACGGCCGUACCAUGUCCCUGGAAGAUGCGAAACGGAUAGGAUUGGCCCGUGUGGAUAAAAAAGGAAAACAAAUGACCAAGACCUACUCAGUGUUCCGUUCUAAUAUCCAAAAUGCUCUUAACAAUGGUGUACUUGAUGCUCAUAUGGAAAAGAUCAGUUUGGAAGAUGCUAUUCGAGCUGGAAUCAUUGACAUACGCGAACUUAGCUACAGAAAUCCUAAAUCUGGUGAAUCUAUCCCUCUCACACAGGCCGCAAACAUGGGCCUUGUUGAUGUCACUCUUGCCGAAACUCUACCUAAAGGUGUCUGUAAUCCAACCAACAAUGAGAGAAUUCCAAUCAAGAGAGCAAUAGAAAUGGGCAUCAUAGAUGCACGAACAGGAGAAGUUCGAGAUCCUCACACCCGAAAACGUCUCACGUGGCUGGAUAUAAUAAAAUCAGUCUACCAAGCGAUAACCAGCGACGGCGUGUUCGAUCCCACGAAGGGCCAGCGCGUUCCUGUAACGCACGCUUUGAAUGAAGGUUUGAUAGACCCGAAAACUGGAAAGUAUCAUAAUCCGAUCACAGAGGAAGACAUCGAAUUGAAGGAUGCUGUGGACCGCGGUCUUAUAGACAGUGGUACGUACGACGCUUUAACGAAGCCUUUCUUGGAGGACUAUCGAACAAACCGACGCCUGAAUCUCGUCGAGGCGGUAGAUGCAAAACUUGUUGACCCUAAAAAUAAGACCAUCCAAGUUUCCCGCCACAGCAUUGUCCCUAUUGCCAAAGCUGUGGAAGACGGCAGAAUUCCACGGGAAAUUGGUGAAAAACUUCGACAAAUCGACAAACUGAACUUUGCCGAAGCGCUCGGAAAAGGACUUAUUGACGUGACUUCUAACAUCUUCACAGACCAGGACACUGGACGUCAAAUGACAAUUGCGCAGGCCAUCGAGCAGGGAUACAUCGAUACGGGAAAUGUGGAAGCUAUGGAAGGAUCGGAUGAAAAGAAUCUCAGCAAUAUCAUCAAUUCUGAGGAGUUCGAUGAAAACUCAGGCCGUAUUCGGGACAAACGGACCAGUUUGCACUUAACAUUCAAAGAUGCUGUUGAACGUGAUGUAAUUGACGGCGAUUCACUGCUCCACGAUUUGGAGAGCGGUCAAACGCUAACUCUCAGGGAAGCUCUCGUACGGCGAAAAAUUGAUAGCGAUGGCAAAUACAUCGCCGGAAACUUGAAGAUGACGUUGAGAGAUGCAGUCAAAGGAGGUCUGAUCGCCUUGAUUGCUUCACCCAUGCAGGCUGCUCAAGCUGUAGCUGAAGCUGUUAAACGGCGCGAUGCUGAAGGUUACAAGUUCAAAAUCGAGAACUACGGUGGCGAGAGCCGAGGUAGCAGAACAAGUGUGCCCAAAUUCCGGGAAGAGACGAUAGUUCGUCUGACACCACAAAAAGCUGAGCCCUCUCUGACAGUGAGGAUGCGUCACUCUCAGACGAAUAUUGGCGAUCGAGCGCGAAGUAUCAUUGAUGACCCUUCGACUUUGGCUGACUUACAGCACGAGUUCCUAGCGAAUCUCGAAGCGAACCGUUUCGAUACCGAUGAAAAAAUCAUCACGAAUCCAUCUGGAGGUCAAAGGCUUUCGGUACGGGAAGCUGCUGAAACCGGUCUACUUGACGUCCUCACGGGCGAGAUAGUAGUUCCUGAUACCGGUCGUCGGUACUCCAUUCCUAAAGCCGUUCAUUUGAACUACGUUCAAGGUGAAGCUGCAAAACGCUUGAUGGAAUCACUCAACAUGUCUAUCGAGGAACUCAAUCUAGCCCAGCAGCAAUCUGCUCCUUCUCCCGGUGUUACUGAAGGUGGAUCUAGUACGAGGACGUGGACGAAAACCGUCAAUUGGCAUGGACAACCUUCUGAGUUGAGGAAAUCGAAAACAGAUCCCCUUGCUCCCUAUACUACCUAUUCAUCGAGCAUUGCGGAACGAACGCAGGAUGCUCCUUCAUGGGCUCGUUAA